AUGAAGUACAAGGAGAACCAGGCGGUCGAUCGAAUGGACGAGGAGGAUAGGGGAAGGGUCAGCUUCAUGGACCUGGCCGUCGAGAUCCGCUCACGAAUCUAUGGCUACGUCUACGGUUCACACAGCGUUCAACAUUUCAAGCUGCCGCUAUGGUAUAUGACCCAAGGAAGCGGCCGUCACAUCCCCAAGCCCAUCACGUCCAAAGCCACUACUAAGCUCACUUUAUUACCCUGCGAGGGAGCUCUAGACGACAACAACGCCAGCAGCCACGCCCCCACUCGCGAACUUCUAUCCGCCCACCGUCUGAUGAACCAUAUCCCAACCGCCCUUCUCUUAAUAUGUUGUCAGGUCGACAGCGUACAAGCAGCGCGGAACUUUCUCAAUGACCGAAUUUCUGCGGACUGGCAGCGCCAGAGCAUGCGGUACGUGAGGAUGCAGCUGGACCUUUCGGAAGACAAAAGCAACCAGAACAGUAACGCCGAUGACAACAAAAACAGUAACGUCAAGAAGGCCGAAGCAUGGGAAGAGCUAGGUAUGUUCCGCCGCUAA